AUGGAUCUUAAAAACAUUUCACUUGGAUGGGACAGCUACUGUCAAAAGAUGCUACUGAUACGUAGUAUCUUCUUAUGUAUGGAUCAACAACUGCCAGCGAUCAAACCAAACUCUCCACAGCUUUGGGAUAUGGCUUUGAAGCUGUUUCGCGACACUAUUAUAAUGCAUGAUUCUGUGCAGUCUAGAAUCCUUGAAAGGUUACUUCAUUUGAUCCGUCAGGAGCGAUGUGGAGCGAGCAUAGAAAAGGGUUUGCUUCGAUCGAUUGUUCGAAUGUACUCAGACCUGGAUCUCUACCAUUCACAUUUCGAAGAACCUUUUGUUCGUGAAAGUGAUACUUUCUACAACGAAGAGGGUCAAUCUCUGAGCCAAAGGCUGAAUAUAUCUGAAUAUCUUAUUCAUAUACAUAGGCGUAUUGAAGAGGAGGAAGAGCGAAUUAAGGUAUUUCUUGCUGGUCUGACGCGAGCUCCGCUCAUGUCUGUUCUAAAUACUGAGCUCAUAUCGAAGCGUCUUCCCGUCCUCCUGUCGUCCUUAUCGAGUCUUAUUCUCGAGCACAGGUUUAAGGAGCUUCGUCUACUCUAUAAUCUGCUCUCAAGAAUCGAUAAUGGUAUCAGCGACUUACGGAAUGAGUUCAAAUCUAUCGUCAUGCGUGUUGGCACUGACAUUGUUGAAAAUAAAGAAGAUGCUAUCGAAAAGGAUAGGGAGAUGAUUCAGCGUCUAUUGGAUUGGAAAGAUACACUGACGGACUCCAUCAAAGAGGGGUUUUCUGAUGUUCCUUCCUUUAGUCGAGCGGUACAAGACGCCUUCGAAGACUUUAUCAAUCGUCGACCAAAUAAGCCGGCUGAAUACCUCGCCAAGUAUCUUGACAAUCAAUUACGGUCUAGCAACAAGGCUCAAUCGGAAUAUGAGUUUGAUCGACUUGUAGAUAAGGUUUUGGUGAUCUUUCGUUGCAUAGACGGAAAGGAUGUGUUUCGAGCUUUCUACUCUAGUCAGUUGGCCAGGCGCUUGCUUCUGGGUAGAAGUGCCUCCGUGGACGCGGAGAAAGCAGUCCUCUCAAGGCUGAAGCAUGAAUGCGGUUUUAAUUACACACGCAAAAUGGAGCUUAUGUUUCAGGAUAUCCAACUCAGUCUCGAACUGAGCAGAAGUUUCCGUGCACAUCAGACGGAACUCUAUGCAAUCGACUUCACUGUUAAUGUCCUUGCCCCCAGCUCUUGGCCCGAGAUGCCUUCACUCAUGGCCAACUAUCCUUCUGAGAUGCUGACCAUUCGAGAGGAUUUUGAAAGUUUUUACAUCGCUCGACAUAACGGGAGAAAACUAACGUAUAUUCCCUCUUUUGGUACCUGUGUCGUUAGAGCUCAGUUUCCCUCUUGCACGAAGGAGUUGCAAGUCUCUGAGAUUCAAGCACUUGUCCUACUCCAAUUCAAUGGGCCGGCGGAUGAGCCAGUGUCCUACACCUCCAUUGCUGAAGCGACGGGAAUAGAGAAAUCUUCUUUGGAUCGUGCUCUUCUUUCAUUCGCUGCAAGCAAAACCCAACGUGUUCUCGUAUCAGUUCCAUUAACCUCGGAAUUGACAGAGAAAAACCAGUUUUACUUCAAUAAGAAGUUUACUCACCAUCUCACACGCAUUAGAUUUAAUCAACUCCAGCUCAAGGAGACGGCCAAAGAGCAAAAGGCUACUGAGAAUCGCAUUUUCGCAGAUCGGGUUAAUCAUAUUGACUGCUGUAUCGUGCGAAUAAUGAAGGCUCGUAAAACUCUUGAUCACAAUAACCUCAUUUCUGAGACUUUUCAACUUCUGAAAUUUCCUGUCACGCAAACAGAUGUGAAGAAGAGAAUCGAGUUUCUUAUCGGUAAAGACUACUUGAGAAGAGAUUCCGCUAACAGCGCCAUUUACCACUAUGUGGCCUAG